AGCAUCGAAUUAAACACCUUGAUAUUCCUUGCCAGUGAUUCUCCGGACCUCGGCGACAACGCUGUGACGUUAGUCUUAGAUAAGUGCAAGAUGGGGAAGAAGGUCGUACACGAGUUUCUUCGUCGAACAUUCGGCUGGCUUCCGGCACGGAUAGCCCUGGCCCUUAUGGCUUGGCUGGGCUUCAUCAACCUCUACAUGACCAGAAUCAAUCUUUCCGUGAUCCUCGUGGCCAUGGUCAAGAGGAACACCUCUUCAGGUCACCUGGCGCCCUGUUUGGAGAUUCAGGAUGUAUCACUUGAAUCAACUUCUCUAUCCAGCAACUCGACUUCUCAGCUCCAGGAAACUACAGGAAUACUGGAAGAAGAACAGGAGGACGUCUUUGAAUGGGACCCAACGACACAAGGCCUUGUUCUCGGGAGUUUCUUCUACGGGUAUGCCAUGACGCAAGUCAUAGGAGGUCGCUUGGCCGAAAACUACGGUUCGAAAUGGCUCUUCGGAAUCACGGUGAUGGCGGGGGGCUUCUGCGCCCUCCUGUCGCCGCUCUGCGCACGAGUGCAUUACAGUUUAUUCAUCGCCCUGAGGAUCUUCCAGGGAGCCGUGCAAGGAGGAUCGUGGCCAGCCAUGCAUGCCUGCAUUACAAGGUGGAUCCCACCAUUAGAGAGGCCGAGGUUCAUUGGAACCGUUUAUUUCGGAAACACCCUGAGUACAGCCAUCACGUUGCCCUUAUGUGGUUUAAUCAUCGAUGCUCAUGGCUGGCCUGCCGCUUUUUACAUCACUGGGUCCUUGUCCAUUAUUUGGGGCCUCUUUUGGCUUAACUUCAUGUACAACUCCCCAAAUGAGCACCCAAGAAUCAGUCGGAAGGAACUUGAGUACAUCGAGACUGCAGUGAGGGAAUCGGGGACAACCGCCAACAGGACCCAGUCCGGCGCCGUCCCUUGGAGGGCCAUCUUCACCAGUCCACCCAUGAUGGCCCUCAUAAUGGGUGACAUCGGUAACAAAUGGGGGAUAACGCUGUUCUAUGCGCAGCUUCCAACCUAUAUGAGUAACAUACUGGGAUUCUCUAUUAAGUCUAAUGGAGCCCUUUCAGCACUUCCCUUUGCUACCAGGUAUAUUGGGUCUAUCUUAAUGAGCACUUUGGCCGACUGGUUGCUCAGCCGAAAGUACCUUUCCAUUCGCACAACAAGGAGAAUAUUUAGUACCAUUUGCAUGUGGGGUCCAGCACUCAUGCUGAUAGGUGUGGCUUAUGCAGGGUGCAACUGGAAGGCCAUUGUGGCCAUGUUCUGCGUCGGUCUAUUCAUGAACGGAGCUGUUACCGCCAGCGUCAUGGUUAAUCACACAGACAUUUCGCCUAAUUACUCCGGAACAUUAUUUGGAAUUUGUAAUCAGAUAUCGACGCUGGUUACCUUCGUCGUUCCCGUAAUCACAGGUGUUCUAACAGAGGGACAGCAAACGGUGGCCCAGUGGCAAAAGGUCUUUUGGAUCUGCGUUCCUAUGUACACAGUAACCCAAGUCAUCUUCUUCAUAUUUUGUUCGGGAAGCGUGCAACCCUGGAACUACUGCACGGAGGCCAAGGUUGACACCGAAGAGUCACGGCACCGAGAGGAACGAUGUCUUUAAACACUGUCGAUACAGUUCAGUGAGUGUGGUAUUCUUUCAGGCCACUGGCCCAUGCGCUGUGCUCUGUAUGAAACGGGCAAUUAACACCUUCACACAAUACACAAGGGUCUUUGCAAACUUGUACUUUUGGUUCAUCUCUUAUGUAUAUCCAUAUAUAUAUAGAUAUAUAUAU